AAUGAACAAAGAAACAGAGCUUUAAAAUUUGUUAAAAGAAGACCAAAGGUUUGACAGUGGGUUUGGGCUGUUGUUGUUCUUGUUACUAUGUAUGAUGUUCAGCACUUUAGAUUAAGACCUUUGAUCAAUUUGGGUUGUUCUAAUUGUGCUUUAUUCAAACUCAGUUUUGCCUGAUAUUUAUUUCCAUUUCUGUUUUCACUAGACUCAUUAAAUCACAGCACCAUGGUCUUUUCUGUUUUGCCCUGUAAUGUAUAAAUUAUGUGAAGCUCGGGAGAUUUUGAGCAAUACUUCUGAUAGAAGCGGAUUUCUACAACUUUCCAACGUUUCCUUUGUGUGAAUGUGAAACAACUCACCUACCUGAAUGAUAUAAAACCUGGCAGCACCCGCUUUGAACUUUUAACAAAGCACCACCGCUGAACGUUUUGGUUGAACACAGAUCAUCCAUCUUUAAGUUGAGACCCCCCCACAUCCCCCUCCUCCUCCUCUUCCUACGUCACGCGAGUACAAGGCGGCUCGCGCUCAGUCACUGGUGCCAACUACUCACAGGCAGACACACCGACUACUUAAGUGCUAUUUCUUUCUUUCUUUCUUUUAUUCCUCUUUUAGUUUUAUUAAAGAACAUCACCAGUUUUUUGAAGUCUCUGCUGACAGGACGAAGACUUUCCUGCCCAGACAAGCCGUCAUUUUUCUUUUCUUUUCUCUCUUUUUUUUUUUUUUUUUUGGUGAAAGUUGGAUUACAGACGGCUUGAACUGAGAGGGAAUAAACUGCUUAGAUGAUGAGCGGCACUGACGGACACAUUUGGAAAAGCAACGGAAUUCCGUGCUGUGAGAGGCUGUGUGGCGAGUGUAGAUAAGCCCCCUUAUGAGGUGAAAACCCCUCCCCAUCCUGCAGUAUCCCCUCCCAGCACCAACAGCAGGAAUAAGGGAUGUCAGGGCUGUUCCUCUUUUUGGCAAUGCUCAUUGUCUCCUGCAGCAUCCAGGUGUCUCCUGCUGUUACCCUGGAUAAGCUAAAGGAAAGUUGGAAACUGUACAUGGAUGAGUGUGAACAUAACAACAGUAAAGGUCCACUCAGUACUGGCCUUGUGUGCAAUAGGACAUUUGACAAUUAUGUCUGUUGGCCUGAUGGACUACCCAAUAGCACCGUCAGUGUGCCAUGCCCAUGGUAUUUGCCAUGGCAUCACAAAGUUCAGCAUGGCAUGGUACACCAGGAAUGUGAUGCCAAUGGCCAGUGGGUGACCGUUUACAAUACCAGUGAGUGUGAGUCUCAUGAUCCAGGUCAGCAGUACUAUGGUCAUAUUCGGAUCAUGUACACAGUGGGCUAUUCCUUAUCCCUGGUGGCUUUGGUUUUGGCUCUUGGCAUCCUAUUAUUUUUCAGGAAACUGCACUGCAUGAGGAACAACAUCCACAUGAAUCUGUUUGCCUCCUUCAUCCUACGAGCCUUGUCUAUCCUCAUCAAAGAUGCUCUGUUGGAGGCCAACCAAUCACAGGACCUCAGCAGAGACCAGGACCAGGGAUUUCCCAGCGCAUCUAUGACUCCAGGGGAGCUACUGUUCAACAAUGCAACAUCAGUGAGCUGUCGUGUCGCAGUGGUAAUGAUGCAGUACAGCAUCAUGGCCAACAGCUACUGGCUGCUGGUGGAAGGCAUCUACCUUCACAACCUCCUGGUCAUCACUGUGUUUACAGAGAGGAACUACUUUAAAAUCUACCUGUGCAUUGGCUGGGGUACACCAUUAAUAUUACUCGUGCCAUGGGCGGUUGUUAAGUAUUUAUAUGAAAAUCAAGAAUGCUGGGAGCAAAAUAUAAACAUGAAUUACUGGUGGAUAAUCCGAGCCCCUAUACUGCUUGCUGUUGUGAUCAACUUCCUUAUCUUCAUCCAUAUCAUCAAAAUUCUAGUAUCAAAACUUCGAGCACACCAAAUGAGAUACACAGAUUAUAAAUUCAGGUUGGCCAAGUCAACUUUAACCCUGAUCCCACUGCUGGGUAUCCAUCAGGUGGUCUUUAUCUUUGUUACAGACGAGUCCACCAAGAAAAACAUCAAUUUGCGUCUCACCAAGCUUUUCACUGAUCUCUUCUUCUCAUCUUUCCAGGGCCUCCUGGUGGCCAUCUUGUAUUGUUUUGUCAACAAAGAAGUGCAGUCAGAGAUCCUGAAGAAAUGGAAGCGCUGGAAGCUAGGGAGGAAUAUUGAGGAGGAAUACCGCCACACCUACAGCAACACCCCCAACACAAAGACAGCCAGCCUGUUGAACCAUGUCUCACGGCUGCCUCACUUCCCAGACAUCGCCAAAUCCUCUGUCCCUGUCUGUAGCCCUGAAGAGAAGCACAUGCUUGUGGCCGGCUGCCACAAUGGCACUGUCCACAACAAGGGCAUGGACACAUCCGUCUCCCAGCAACAGGUGGGAACCAUUAGCAACUGCGCCCUGGUGGAGGAUAUCAGCCUUACAGAUAAAAUACAGUGUUAUGAGACACAGAAAGAAAAUAUGGAGAGCCACUUUUAAAGAGAACCUGAUGAAGAAAUUUGUAUGUUUUGAUGCUUUCAUCUGGCUCCGAGUGACUUCCCUGGUUGGCUGUAAAGCUCUGUACUGACUGGGAGCAAACCUCAGUGAUCAGUGUCACUGGGAGAUGGAGCAGCAGUUCGCUUGUGUGAAAGGACAACAGUAUGGCAAACAUCUGCACUGAGAUGGCCAUUAUAUUGUACUUUGAGUCUCAUGAAUGGAUUUUUCUAGAUAUGUGCCAUUAUCAUAUGUGAAGCUGCUGCCGUAUGAACAAUUCAGCAGCAGCAUCUUGAGACAGACAAGCCAUGUAAAGUAAUAAUAACAAAAAAAAAAAGGAAAAAAAGAAUAAAAUCACAAACCUCAAGUAACAGCAAAAGAAACAUCUAAAGACAGGGUCCUGGCUUGAGCCUCAGCUUUAAUGUGUGCUGUCUGUGCUUUGUGGUACUAAAAGAUAAAUACUAACUGGACAUUGAACUGUGUACACAAAAAGCAAGACCAAACAAAUUACACAAAUAAGGAAAACAGGGACAGAAGAGAAUUCUUUUUUUAUAUAUAUGCUUUGCUCUGGUAUCUGUAUGUUGUUUUGUUGUCUAUAUUGAUUUUAAUGAAAAUGUGGGGAAAAAAAACAUUAUGUUGACUGUAUCACACAGUAAAGUGACCACAGUGUUAAUGUCCAUGGGAAACAGGCAGCUGCUCAGCCCAGGUCCUUCCUGGCUUACAUAUAGAUGUUAAAAACAGGUCAAUAGAUGGCAUGGGAUGAAUAUAGAAAUAAGCUAAAAUGAUCAUCGCUUGACUAUUUGUUUUGAGUAAAAAUAGAUUUUUUUAUGUAGGUCAAACCUUAAAUACUGCUGAGUGCUACAGUUAAAUAGGUAAGUGUUAAAUAUACUACAGUGUGUUUUUAAGGUUAAUAGCUUAACUUCUGUGCUACUUAGCUUUUCCCUUGCCAUCUAAGAUGUUGUCUGACUCACGCUACCUUUUGAGAUCAUAGCUGAUAAGUGGAAACUGUGUACUCAAAUCAAGAGGAGAAUACAUGACAGAUGUGACCUGUAAAACAAUGCAUGCAUGAAUCGUGAGUCUGAAUUUGUCAUUCAAGAUGACACAAUGCCUCUGGAACAAGAGGGGUUUUGCAGUAUUUGUGCCCUACAGUGCCAUCACAUCAGCGACUACAUAAAUGUCAAAAAGUCAGACAGACAGUGCUAAUAACCGCAUGCACCCAGUUGCUCUAUGGACAGUGUUUAAUAUGCAGCCAUGCUGAGUCUACAGUGGCAGUGGACACUGAACAAAACCCUGCAGCCCAAAAGUAGAACAAAACUUCUCUAGUUGAUAUUUAAGCACCAAGGAAAGUUAGUGGUACAGUUGCUUCUGAAUACAGAACGGAAGAUGCCUGCAGAACAUUAAUCAACCUCUGAGUUUCUAAAAGAGUUGCCUGAACUAACUGAACUUGACUUUGUUUGUAUGACUAUUUGCACAAUAUUAAUUUUUCAUUCAUUCUUUGAUUCUUUUAUACUUAGUCCAAUUCAGGGUUGCGGGGACAAUGUUAAUUUAUAACGUAAAUAUAAUGUAUGUAUAUGUGUGUUUAUACAGAUGAUUUUAUUUGAUUGCAGUCAAUAUAUUUCAUACAUACUAGUGAGUGUAUGUAUAUGUGCAUAUAUAUUUUCAGGGUAUGAGUGCAAGUAAUUUUAGUACUCCAGAUUUGUGGAUGUGUUACAGUUGGAUGAAUUACUGUUGGCAUUUGGAGGAAGAGAGGUAGAUAUAAAUCUCUGCAGUUGGCUUGACCCAAAGCAGAGGUCAAAGGGUACAGCCAGCCCCUGACUGUACAGCCUCCCUCUUUAAAAUAUACUGCAGUAUAGCUCUGCACCACAGGACAUUCCUAGAUGUUGCACCUGUAUUAAGCAUAAGGAAGAAAGAGCUCUAUGUUUUAUUAUAAAAUCACAAUUCCUCAGAUUGCAGGGGCCAGAUGCAUAAACAUGUUUCAUUCUAUGACUCAAUCGUGUAUGCACAAAACUAGAGACAUAUAUAUGCUUUCUUUCCACCAGAUUUGUAAACUGAGCAUAUUUAUGGUAGCUGUGUACAAGCCUGAUUUCCACUCCCAUCUUUAGCCUUAAAUGAAUGUUUUGUCAACAAUUAAAGCAGUUAAAGUACUUCAAACUAAAUUGAAUUAGGUCACAAAGGCAGAAACAGAGAUACAGGAUAAAAACUGGCAACCUCAGCAUGACUAAGAUAAACACAUAGCCCAGGGAUCCCCAGGGAUAGCCCAUCUUGGGCUAGUGUCCUGCAGUGUAUCCCUGCUCCAACAUGUCUGACAAAUUAAAUGGAUCCAACUCCCUAUGAAGUUCUGUGCAAUGUUAAUUUGAUGCAGGUGUGUUGUAGCAGGGACACUGUGAAAACCUGCAGGACACUGGCCUAACAGGUCCAGAUUUGGUGAUCCCUGACAUAGCCUGAAGCUAUAUAAAUCAGGAUAUGAUUAAUUUGUUCUUAAACAAUGUUUGGUAGCCUAAAGCAGUGCAUGAUCCAGUUAACAUCUCAUGCUAGACAACGUUGUCCUUUUUAAGUCACAUUACCAUGGACUUCCAACAAGCUAACAGCAGUCUUUACUCAUGACCACUACACACAGAUGCAGUUAUUUGCAGCACCCAAAAUUAAAUAAGAAUAUAUAAAACAUUAUAAUCAUGAAAUCAUUCUUAAAUGGUUAUAAAAUGUUUUUCCUUUAUAAACACCACUUUGUGAGUAAAAGGUGCAUGGUUUUUGUGCAAAUGCAUCAUUUCUGCAUCUGGCCCCUUAAAGCAAAUUAGAGCACUUUUUUGCCAUGUCACAAAAUAGUUUUGUGCUUUACCCAUUGCUGCUGUUUAGUAGGUAGAAAGAAAUUGCAGGCUAAGCUAUUUUACAUGAACAUCUGCUGAAGGUUGUAAUAGAGCAAGUAGACAUCCGAUAAUUAAGCUGGGGAGACAAUACACACCCUGGUGCUGCAGACCUGGAGGAGAGUACUUGCACACUCAUAUGUUGUAUACAUUAAGUGAGAAAAUUUUAGUAGAGUCAAAACAGUAUUUCUACAAUGUACAACUGUGACCAUACAGUAUAGAUGUCUGAAGCCAGCAGCUUGGGUCACUCCCCUUCCUGGACCAAAGUGGUUCUGUAUGAAUGUAUUUUCUGAAAGGCCCAGAUUAGUAUGAUCCUUUUCAUUUUCUCUUAAAGGUGGUUGUGUACAGUAUUUCUGAUGUGAAGAACAGAUCAGUGAAAACUGACUGCAUUCUGGUGUAAACAGUUCAUCAUAUAUUGUGUCCUCUUUGUGUAAAUGGUGAAAGAAUAAAUCACAAUACAGUAUAUGUAAAAGAUGAUUUUAAGUUGCUGUGGUUUUUGUUUUGGUGAACAGUCAUGAUGUUGAGAUUUAAAGGAGGGAGCAUG